CCUCAUGUGUCCCCCAGGGGGUGCAGUUGCCAUGGAUUUGUAACCCGCAGCUCAGGUGUACGGAGGUGCAGCGGCUCGGGUUUUUCCGGCGCGUCUCGGCAGCCGAUCCGUGGCGUGGAUGUGGGAAUGCGGUUGCCGGUGGCUGUGGGCAUUUGUGGACGCUCAGCAGAGAUGUGCGCACGGGGAAGGGAGCACACCGCGGCUGGUUGUCCUGCUGCUUAGCCGGCUGUGUCGCGGGGAUGCGGGUGGGAACCCUGGACGGCGGGGUGUAUCUGAAACCGGGACGGCAGUCCGUUUCUCUCCCCCCCUGCUCGUUCUUUGUAUAUUUUUAUUUGGGGGGUGGGAGGAUUGAGAGAGGAGCUCAGGAUUCCCCAACAGCACCAUGGAGACGCGCAUUGCAGACAACUGUGAAAGGUGACAGUGGAAAUGAAGUUCAAAACAUUUGAUGAGCGGCUGUAAGUCUUUCUCCAGAGCUCCAGAGCACAAACUACUGGAAAGACUUAACUGCAUCAAGGUGCCUUUAUGAAGCUCUGAGUCCUUUUUCUUUGCAGCGUUUGUGACACAAACCCCAUCACCAUGUUCUACGGUUCUUCCUCUGGGGCCAGUAUGUCCCUGCCGUCCAAGAGCCGCCUGAAACGCCAGAGCAGGACCUUUACUCAGGUCUUGUACCGCACACUGAGUUACAGAGACAGAGUCCCUGCAGAAGCUGGAACGAACACCCGUUGCGACCGGCGUUCUACCACUGAACCCCCAGAGCGGCCAGCAGACGACCCAGCUGAACUCUCCACACAGAGUUCGGCCCCGGGGGUGCUGAAGAUAUUUGGAGAUGAAAUCUGUGCUGGUGCCAACUACAAGAGCGUCCUGGCCACGCCGCGCUCAAGUGCUCAGGAACUUGUGAAAGAAGCACUUGAGCGUUACUCGCUCAACAAAGAUGCAGCUCGUUCUUAUGUGCUGUGUGACGUGAUUGGGCGUCUAGAAGAUGGAGGUGGGAUCACAACAGGAGCAGUGUGGCGGACUGAGUGCCUGCGAGCCCUGGGAGAUAACGAGAAGCCGCUGUUGCUCCAGGAACUAUGGAAACCCAGAGAGGGCCACGCUCGAAGAUUUGAGCUGCGUAGGAGAGCAGAGGUUGAGGAACUCAAUGCCAAGGACAAGGACACCGUCACUGCUGGGCCCAGAACCCCCCAAUUCCUGAUGGCACUAAUGGGUCGGUCUGGGCUGGGCAAACACAAGAGCUCCCCUCUGCGGUCUGGUCGAGUUGUACAGUCCAGUUCUAAAGACAUUAAUGCUCAGGCCCGUAAGCUCCAGAGGAACAGGGCAAAGGGGACACUGACCCUUCCUCGCUCCAGCAACUCCCUGUUUUGCCGCAGCCUUAGUGAAACCAGCCUGAACCAGGUUGGAGUCGGUGAGGAACCCAAGCGUUUUUACUCCACCCUACCCGGGCCAAUCAGGGGCCGAGAACGAGAAGGAGCAUCCAGCAGCCGCACGAAGGAGGAGGGAGGAGGGGUGAGGCACUCUCUGUAUCAGUCCCCUCACCUGUUGCUACUGCAGGGGUACAAUCGACAAGACUGCUUGGUGUACCUGUUGAACAGAGAGCAGCACACAGUCGGCCAUGAGACGCCGUCUGCUCGCCCCAACAUCUGUCUCUUCUCCCCUGACAUCCUGCCUCUGCACUGCCGCCUGCGCCGAGUCCCCAUUCCCCGGCGCUAUGCCAACCACAUGAACAAGGGGGAGGAGCAGUCGGAGAGUCAGCGGUUCUGCGUGGCUGUGGAGCCAGUGCUCAACGCUACGGUUCUGGUGAACUUCUCCCGUUGUGAGCGCUCCACCACGCUGCGUCACGGCGACCUUCUCUCCUUUGGAGCACAUUACAUCUUUCUUUAUAAGGACCCUACAGGUGCCAAGCCCCUGCCUGCACAAACCUUGGCUCGCCUACGCUCGCUGGGGCAGCUUUACGACACAGAGGCAGACGAAGGAGAGGGCGGGGCUGCCGUUUGUAAAAUGUGCGGCUCUGCACUGAAGGACAAAGCUGCACAGGUGUCAAGUAUGCCAGCAGGAAGACGGAGUUUCAAACCCCACCUGCUAAAAUCUCGUAAUGUGGGGACAACAGCAGGAGGGCCCCCUACUUUGUCCGGAGGUGACGGAGGAAGAGGAGGUGGAGGGUGUCAAAAAAGGAGGCUGCAGCUUGAGUUUGACCAGGCACAUGAAGACCAGCUGUUGAACAGAAUCGUGUCUCUCAUUGAACCAGGAGGAGACGACCACAAGCUGACGCCAGCAUACCUGCUGUGUAUGUGCAUACAACACUCUGCCUCAGCCUUUCCUCCAGGGAGUUUUGGAAAACUGCUGCUCAAAAUCGUCCGUCGGAUCCAAAGCAUUGCAUGGGAAAAGACAAAGGAGCUGGCUCAAAAGCAAGCUCAGCAUCAGGAUCCAGCCACCCUGUCUCUACUCAGCAUCUCAGACCUGAUCCCGGAUCUGCAGACCAUCUUCUUCUGGAUGUCCAACUCCAUUGAGAUCCUCUACUUUAUUCAGCAAAGAGCCCCAGCCUACACUCACAACAUAGAGACACUUCAAGGGUCAAAAGAGUCCUUGCUAUCAGCAACCAUAUCAGCUAAUGAGGAAGCUAUGACUAUCCUGGAAGAAGUUAUUAUGUACACUUUCCAGCAGUGUGUCUAUUAUAUCACUAAGGCUCUCUAUGUAGUACUACCAGGUUUGUUAGAUUGUAAUCCGUUCCCCUUGGACAGCUCUGAUCCCUGCUGGAAAGGAGGUGUCGGGUUUCCUGAACCUGUACGCAGGAUCCUGCAGGUGUUGCAGAGUGCACAGGAGCUUCUGCAAGGCUACCAGGUUCACCCGGAGAUCCAGGCUCAGAUGUUUGCAUACCUGUUCUUCUUCUCCAACGUCUCCCUGUUUAACCAGCUGAUGGACAAAGGUCCAUCUCGAGGGUGGUUCCAGCAUUCAAAGGCACUGCAAAUUCAAGCUUGUUUGCGAAUGGUCAUGGAAUGGGCAAGUAGGUCUGGUCUGGGACAUUUGGCCGAGAAGUUCUUUGCCAAACUGAACAGCGCUGUGUCCGUGGUCGCCAUGCCCCCCCAGCAGCUGACACAGAUGAGCUGGCGGGCACUGACGAGUGAACACCCAACUCUAAAACCAGUCCAGCUUCACCGGAUCCUCAUUCAGCACCAGCUCACAGCAGAGGUGGGCCCUGUCCAAAUAUGGCAACCCAGCAGUGAGGAUGAGCCGUACAUUUACAGAACAGUUGACCUUCUGGAAAGCUUUGAGAAUCAUCCUCCCAUCGUGCUGCCCAGCUCUGGGUUCAGGGUGGACCUGGAGAGCGAGUCCGUCGAGGACAGCAUCUACAGACAACUGCUUUACGUCCGCCACUACCUGUGGGGGCUCCGCACCAAGCCACAAACACACAGCGGCGUUCCCGGAGCGCACACGCAAUCCAACGGAACCAACACCGCCGACUGGCCGGAGGUUCAGAGGGAGCUGCUGCCUGCAGCCCACAGCAGUCCCCGCUCUGCUGCUCCUGCUGCUUCAGCUGGAGAUGAGGGGGCAGCAGAGAAGGAGGAGCGAGGACGCGAUCGAGCACCGGCACAAAUGCACACACACAGCCUCAGAAGAAAUGGCACACUUCACCACCCUCGAGCAGCAAAUCCCGACCCGUCCUGCCUCCUGACCCCACCCAACACGCCCUUGUACCCAGAGGGUGGAGGAGCGGGGCCUGGGCCAGCCGCCAGUACCAACGGCUGCUCCGGCAGAACCGUUGCAGAAUGUAAAAAGACCAACGGGCUCAUCUCCAAUGGGCUUGAAGGGUGUAUUAGUGGGUGUGAGUUUCCUUUCCCUGUCUCCUCCUCUGGAGCCCCUUCCCUUCCUGAUGACUUGUGUGUGGUGUUUGUAGUGGAGCUGGAUAAAGGACCUUAUGGACUCGGCAUGGGACUCAUUGACGGACUGCAUACUCCUCUCAAUGCUCCUGGCAUUUACAUCCGGACUCUGAUUCCGGAUGGACCUGCUGCUUCUGACGGCAGACUCAGGAUCGGUGAUCGCAUUCUUGCCGUGAAUGGGACCAGCCUGAUCGGAGCAGACUACCAGAGCGCUGUGGAUCAGAUCCGUAUGGGUGGGGGUCGAUUGCGUUUCCUAGUAGCCAAGUCAGAUCCAGAAGUCUCAGAGAAGAUCAGCGCCUCCUCCUGCUGACGGCCUUUGCCUCCCAGCUGGCACGCACAAAAUGGUUGGAAGAACAUCGCAGUUCAACAGUAAACCUACCGUCACCUGAAUGUGAACCAACAUAAAGCUAAGCACUCCAGCAGAGAGAGCAUGUCAUGGUACCUCUCCACACACUUCCCUCGAGCCACUUUGGUUCAACGCAGGAUUUGGAACACACUCAGUUUGUGGUCUAACCAGCUCUCAUAUGCAGUCUGAUGUCAUCUGAAGCACAGUGGAUCCAUCCGCGUCAGCCUCUGGCACACAUGGGACUUUUUCACCUCCUGAGAAUAGUUUCUGCUCACUUUCAAAGCCGUGUCUCCUUACAAUUCUGAAAGCGUUUGCUUCCAUAAGAGCACAGCCUUGGUGAAUGCUGAAUGUUUCCCUCAGUGCUUUAAGAGUCCGAUGUUUUCUCAACCUGUUCUAUAGGAACCCCCAUCACCUCUGCGUCUGUAAAGCAAACUUUUCUGGUUGAAUGUUUUUUAUGUAUGGAGGCAAAAGUACAAAACAAAUUCCAAAAGUUUUAACCUCAUUCAGCUCUAAAUGACGACCUGAGAAUCUUCGUGCUCUGAAAGAGCAUGCAGCUUUUUUGAGACAUUUUAAACGAACGCUUCAUCACGUCUAGUCCUUUUGAGCCUGAUGUGUACAAAGCUCUGCAGUAUCGAUUCAAGUUUGUAACAUAUUUUGAAGUUGAGAGAAGAUGUUUUGAAAUAAAAUGUGUUUUUCUUGA